UUAAACAAUGCAGAUCCCAUAAUCUAGUGGUCCCCUAGAUGUCGGUCCUGAGAAUGUCAAAAAUCAUUAAAUGUAUUGAAACUUUAGAGUCUUUUUUUAUAUAAAGAAGAGCAAAGAAAAGACACUGAAGGCAUUUCUCAAUUGAACAUUUGUAUUGUUACCACUCUUCUUCCCCUACCAGUAACUGGCGGUAUACAUCUAUUUACCUGCCAAGUAUUUUGAAAGUGCCUGCCCUUUUCCAAAAAAAAUCUAACAAAUGCUUCUCAGAUGGUAUAACAAAACCAUCCGGCUUUAAUUUAAUAUUAAACCGGUUUUAAGAAUGGAAAAUAGAACAGGUACAUCUACUUGUGGAGCCAGUUGCAACCUGUGUAUGUCUUUAGGAAACAUGAAGCGUGGUGGUUUUGAUGGAUUUAAUGUGCCACUUGUCUCUAUUGAAGUGUAGCUCCUGUAGUUGUAGUAAACCAUUAUGUUUGAAAAAGGCCACACUUUCACCUCAUGUUGUGGGGUCACAGCCUAGCAACAGUGGAUCAGAGGCAUAGCAACAGCAGCUGCAGAGUCGGUCCAGCAAUGCAGUAAUUGGACCUUUUGACUCAGUGCCGGAGGAUCGACACGCUAACAAAUACAGACACUUCAUCCCAAAGACUCGUGUAGCACACAGCUCUGUGCUUUACAUGUGUGUGCAUGUUAGUGUGAGAGAAAAAUCAUGAGGUUUAUUUAAAUUACAUAGAAAUGAACCUGGCUUCUGGUAUUGCUUCACAGCUGCUGCUGCUCCUGCUGCUCUGUCCUUACAGUAGAUAGGUGCAGUGUGUGUGUACAUGCAUGUAUAUGAUCUCAUUCUGCAUGUCAUGGUGUGUUCAUGUGUCCUCAAGGUAUGUGAAGUGUCACUGCUCAAGGUCACUUUAUCUUAAGUCCAUCUUCUGACCGACUCUCAUGCUAACACAGAAUAACAUCAACCAUUAAGCACCAUCAUAUCAGAAUUCAUUGACAACCAGUCCAGCUGGAUGUACUUUUAAGUGAAAGGUCAACUUCGAAGUGAUACAUUUGGAGAAAGAGCAUUGACCUCACCCUGAUGGAGAUACAGAAUUACAGCAUAGCGGAUACAUCACCAAUUGGAAGUCUAAAUGGACUGAUUAUAGCAAGAUGAUGCAGUUAGAGAGAGAAACAUCAAGGACGUAGUGUGUGUGGACUGAUUAGAGAUGGCAUAAUGGACGGGGGCAGUGAGUACAUGAGACAAUUUAUGGAGAAAUGAAAGAAGGAAAGACGAACUGACAGUUAGGGAGAGAAGUAGAGAGAUACCAAACAUUAUUAUGAUGUGUGUACUGAACAAAGACGGAUUGGAUCUAAUUUAAUCUCAUCUCAUGAAAGGAAGGGAGUCUGAAGUGCACUGCAAAGAAAUCUCCAUAUAUCAAUUAUUCUUUUCUGUAAAUGAGCCCUUAAGGCCUUGUUUUCCAAAUGCACGCUAAUAGAAAUCUGCCAGUGAAGGAAGAUUAUGUUAACUUGUGUCCUGUGAAAAUGUUGAUAUUGUAGACAUUAGUAGGAGAAUAUGGUGAGAUGUUUUUAUUUAUGUAAAUUUUAUGGGACCCUUAUUGCCGGCCAGUCGGGCCAAAAUGUAUACGAUGAAGCAUUCAAGUAUUCAACUAAACGUAGAAGCAGUCGACAAGUUGAUUAAUCACAGGAAAUAUACAACCAAGAAAAGGUCUCAAAUAGGGCUGCACGAUUAUGGCCAAAAGGAAAAUCACGAUCAUUUUAAUUUCAAUAUUGAGAUCACGAUUAAUUAUCUCGAUUAUUUCUUAAAUUUGAACCAAAACAUGUUUUAUUGACACAGGCUCAUUAUUACUGCUUUCACAUCCAGGUGCUACAUUCCUGCUAAUGUACAAAUGUGUGCAUCAAAAUAAAAUAGAUCUAUAUCUCGUCCACACUACUGCGUUUUCGUUUUAAGCCGGAGUUUUAAAACGAAAACAAUCUCCGUCCACACGAGCGUUUUAGCUCCGUAUCAGAAGUAAUCUCCGUCCACAUUACACACCUGAAAACGAAUAUCACGUGACCAUUCACGUAUACUGAGCAUGCGCGUGCCGGUUGCAGUUGCAGCAUUACAAAAUGCAGAAUUUACCUGCACAACAACUGCUACCAAAGACAACACGGUAAACAGCGCUUUUACUUCAAUAUCCAUGUUUACCACUGGUAGUCAAGGCUGAUCUGACCCAAUACCAGCUGAUUUGAAUCCUUUCGGGAAGAAAGGGUCAACGUGCUAGGAGCGUGACGAAUCAGAGAAGGAUACUCGUGAUCGAUAAGACCCAAUCAGAAAGCGCUCAUGGGUGUCUACGUCAGCGUUUCCAAAAGUCUGUGUUUCUGCCUGUCCACACUAAUCAGCAGCCCCGGGGUUUUAAAACUGAAACGGGGCCAGCAGCGUUUCCAAAAGCCUCUGUUUUAGGGACUCGAAAACGCCGGAGUAGUGUGGACGCGAGGUGUAAACGUAGCAGAAGUUAUACGUUUUAAAACGAAAACGCAGUAGUGUGGGAAAGGCUUGUUUUCUCCAUCACUCACUAGAAGCGCUAGAUUGGCUUUGGAAAAAAACGUUGAUUCUGAGCGUUCUAUGAACACAAUGACACAUUUAAAAAAUCGCUCGAUCACGCGAUUUUGGUUCGUGGGAAACCAAAAUCGUGAUCGUGAUUUCAAAUAUAACCAGCUUUUGUUGCGAAAGGUAAACAAGUAAGGUUUGGAUUAGUGUUGUGUUUAAGGAAAACAUACCGGGGCCUAGGAUGGAUCCCUGAGGAACCCCACUUGAGUUACCAGAUAUAGAUGAUGAAAAAUGAUCCCAAAUUGACUGAAAAAAAACCCAAAAUGAAUUCAGACAGUUACAUAUACAGUACAUAAUGCAACAAAGGUCCAGAAGAAGCAAGAUAGCGCCUGCUUCCAGUGUCAUGAUUGAAGUAAUUAAAGACUCGCAACAGACCAAUAUAAAUGUUUCUUCUUUUUUUAAUGAGAUUUUUCUGUCUUUUAAAAAGCAACUAAAAGCCUCUUCAUCAUGAUGACUGAGGUAGUGAAGGUUGUGACAAAGACAGUUUGAUAAUGUGAAAGGACGUAACCCGAGGGUGACAGCUUUAUUGAUGCUGCUGGGUACAAUUCAUCACUUGGACACACAAACAUAUACCCGCAUCUCGUGCUUGCUUUUACCCCUUUAACAUGCUGCUCAUGUUCUCAGCUCCACUGUACAUGUAGACCAGGAAAAGGGGCUGGGUGAGUGAGAAAGAAAGCGACACAAUGACAAGGAGGAGGGAGGGGUGCAGGGAAACGAGAGGAAAAGAGAGGAGUGUGUGGAAGUGCUUAUUAAUAAGAAUUUUAAAGGAUGUGAAUAGCGGGCAGCAAGGGAAGCAGCCAGCAUUUGAAGGACUGAGGGAGGGAGAGGCUGACGUGAAGGAGAGACAUGGGUGGAAGAGGGUAGGAGAGUCAGAGAAAGAGGUGAGAGUUGGACAGUUAAGAGGCAUCAUCUCCGGUUAAACUGUGCUGUUAUUGAUCCACGAAAGCCAGAUGGUUCGUCUUGUGGAGCCACCGAAAAAGAAGAAGAGGAAAACGUAAAUUGUUCUGUCCUGCUUCUUUGCCGCCGACCGGCAAAUGAAGAGUGUGUGUGUGACAGCACUCCAGCUGAGCAGCACAACACUCACAUCUCAUGCAAGAUGAGCACAUUCAGUGUGCGAGAGAGUCGCCGCUGCCAGGGAACAUCCUCCGCUACUUUCAGCAGAUGCCCGUUGUUGAGUUGAGAUUUAUCGCCAGUGUUUAUGUAGAUCAGAGCAUUUGAAAGCAGGUGAAUAACUCAGGUGGUGUGUUUGCUGUUGCCGUACAUCGGUGCUUAGAGACAGGUUCUUUAUGGUAUAAAGAAAUGCCAGCAAACCUAUCUGAGGAUAUUUGAGAGUUUGUGAGCUUGUGUUGGAAUCGGGAAAUAAAAAAGAAGACUUAAAGAAAAGUCAUCGUACAACACCACCCAGAAACGAGUACCAUAUCAAGGGGAAAUCAAGAUCCCCGGGAGCUGUGGAUUAGGGGAUGAGUCCGGAAGAGGAGCCAGGGAGGGAUGAGGUUGUGGGGGGUGAGAGGGCAACAAUGGGACGCCCCUGCCCUUUGCCACGUCUGGCUGCCUCCCUCCUCCCUGCUGCUGUCUCCCGGUGAGCAUGCAGGUCCUUCAGAUCGUCAAGGAGCUGGUGUCGCCGUCCAGACGCAGGGCAGCUGCAAGAUUUGGAGCGUCUGAUCAGGAUGCGGCGGUGAAACUUGACCAGGAGCGCGCCGAGAUAGUCGCCAAAUAUGACAAGGGGAAGGAGGCCAUCGUGGAGCCCUGGGAGGACACCAACUUCCACUUGUACAAAGUCAUCGACCGCUUCGGCUUUGUUCAUGAGAAUGAACUUCCAUCUUAUGACUCAGUGGAGGCGAAGCAAAAACACAUGGAGGUGGAGAGGACCUCUAAGUGGCUGAAGAUGCUGAAGAGCUGGGACAAAUACAAGAACAGUGACAAGCUGAUGAGGAGGGUCUAUAAGGGAAUCCCCUUGCAGCUGCGAGGGCAGGUGUGGGGUCUGCUGCUUGACGUCCCCAAAAUAAAGGAGGAGAAGAAGGAUUUCUAUGAGAAAUUGAAGGCCAGGGCCAGGGGUGUCUCCCCCGACAUCCGGCAGAUCGACCUGGACGUGAACCGCACCUACAGAGACCACAUCAUGUUCAUGCACCGCUACGAUGUCAAGCAGCAGGCUCUCUUCCACGUCCUCACAGCUUAUUCAAUGUACAAUACGGAGGUGGGCUACUGCCAAGGCAUGAGUCAGAUCACAGCUCUGCUGCUCAUCUACAUGAAUGAAGAGGACGCCUUCUGGGCUCUGGUCAAACUCCUGUCUGGGCAGAGGCAUGCGAUGCACGGGUUCUUUAUCCCGGGCUUCCCGAAGCUGAUGCGUUUCCAGGAGCACCACGACCGCAUCCUGAAGAAGAUGAUGCCCAAGCUGAAGCAGCACCUGGACACCCAGGAAGUUUUAACCAGUCUCUACACCAUGAAGUGGUUCUUCCAGUGCUUCCUGGACAGAACUCCCUUCACCCUCACCCUCAGGAUCUGGGACAUCUACAUUUUGGAGGGAGAGAGAGUGCUGCCCACCAUGUCCUACACCAUCCUCAAACUGCACAAGAAGCACCUGAUGAAGCUGUCCAUGGAGGAGCUGGUGGAGUUCCUGCAGGUGACUUUGUCCAAAAAUUUCUUCUUCGAGGACGACUUUGUGGUGGAUCAGUUGCAGGCGUCCAUGACGGAGCUGAGGAGGGCCAAGCUGGAGCUGCCUGCACCAGGUAAAGAAGAAGAGUUUCCCAAGAAGCCUUUAGGGCAGCUUCCUCCUGAGGUGGCACCAGUGGUGGUGAACCACGUGGCCAACGGGCAAAGCCACGUCAAUCCUGCGGAGCCUCCCCUGGACCCGAGUCCACUACCGGACCGUAAGCAAGACAGUCGGCCCCCUAGUCGCUUACGCCGGGACUCACUGGAGAAAUCCAUACGCCACCACAAGGCAGAAAAGAGGGAGGCUCGCUCAAGUGGGUCGGGGGAGAAUCACAAUGAUCAGCGGAAGCAGUCCACUACACCUGAGCGGGGGACCACGCCGCCCUCAGCCCCCACCCCGACACCCCAUGUGGAUCGAGGGAAGCCUCAGAGCCACGCCACCGCCAACCACAACUCCAACGCGGCCUCCAGCUCCCGCAAAGAGAUCACCCCCCGCUGGUUCAAACCUUCGGAGACAAAGCUGGAAGCAGUGAAAGCAGCAGCUGCACGGGACGUCCACCUGAGCAGGGGGGCUUCACCGGCCCCCUCCAGCCCGGAGGACAGCGCCCUGGCUCUCCACCGCCCGCGCUCCAAGGGCUUCAUCCCCGACACAAACCGCGGCUCCAAUGCCUCUCAGUAUGACAACGUGCCGGGACUGCAGGGGCAGGACUUUGAGAUCCUGGAGCUUGACAGACCUCCAUCCAGAAUGAAGACCCCUCGCAGUGACACCCCCUUCAGUGUGUCGUCCCUCCAUCAGGGCAGCCCGAGCCUAGCCGGGAGCAUGGUGUCCGUCGCCUCCGGGUCAAAAAUGGCCAAGCACCCUCCUGCGUUUACCAGCAACAGUCCAGGAAGGGUUUACCCUGGCAGCCAGUACAGCACCCCUCCCCAGCAGCACUCCCCGGGCAGAACUACAACAGAAGUUCCCAUCCUCCAUCCUGCUUACAGCGUGAGCCUGGACCCCCGAGGAGAGGACCGACUCUACGCCCCUCCCACCCGAUUUACCCCACCCUCCAGCGUGGUGUACGGGGAUCGAGCUUACGCCACCACGCAGCGCAAGAACCCCUCCCCGGAGAAAACUCUCAUGAACAACUCCUACACAACCUACCGCAGGGGGCCACCGGGAAACCCCCGAGACGUGAGGCCCCCACCAGAGCACUCCCUGCAGCUGGAAACCCAGGGGAGGUCCACCCCGAUCUACCUGCAGCAACUCACCUCCACUUCACAGGUCUGCGGCCCGGUGGACUACAGGUUUGAGGGGCAUCGUAGGGGUGAGCCACACUUCCUGCCAGAAGGCGGGGGGCAUCGGAGGCCUGUAGACGGGGCCCUUCCGUGGGCACCAGAUGAUGAGUGGCCUCCUCAUACCCCAGGUGGUGUGCCGCGCUCGCCCAGCUUCCAGCAAGCCCAAAUGUCGCCCGUUCAGGAGUUCACUUUCCCGCCCAACCCAGAGCCCCUGCUCCACUACAGGACUCCACUCAAGGAGACUGUCCUUCGGCAACAGCUCCCCCAGCUGUUCGGAGGGCCACACUACAGGCACGCACAGGAGGCGUUCGCCCUGCAGGAGUCCAUGCUGCUGUGAUAGAGAAAUGGCAAGACACUGUAAAAACUGAAGUGUAGUCAGACACUGUGGUAGAGACGAGCUUUGUUCAAAAGUUUCUCGAUGUGUGAAGUCGUGACCUCCUGACUGUCACGUUGCAUCGUAAUGUUGCAGCACGCACCAGCCUCUGAAGUUUCUACUGAUCACUUUAAAAACUGACUGAAGAUUUUAUUUUAUUUUUGGAUGUAAAUCAUUAACAAGAGGUCACAGUAUAUAUCUUUUGGAGUCUGAUAUGUACAGUGGAUGUUUUUGUUAAUAUGCUGAGUUGUUAUCAGUAGCAGGGGAAAACUCUCCUGAAAAGGCAAAACUGAUUUAUUUUCCAUCUUUAUUUUUUUAUAUGUUACUUCCAGAGAUUCACACUCGAGAUGGAUUUACUCUUCAUGCUCGUGAAUGUUAUUUUUCAAAAAUAAUUAAUAGUACUAUGUCCCCAGAUAUAAUUAAACAGCACUGUGCAGUUUGAUUUCAAAUUUGCAGCGGCUCUACUGUAGAAAGUGAUGUUCAUUUUGUAGUCUUUCCUUUCCCGGUUCAGUGAUAACCCUUUCCCAUUAACUGAUGUGCAAUUCAUUUCUUUUUCAAGCGUACAGUUUGUUGGAUAUUUCAGUGUAGUUUUUGGUUCAAUUCCGACCCCAAAUACAGAGCUCAUUUGUGAGGGCUAAUAAUAUAUAUAUUUAGUUUUAUAUAUUUUUGGUUUGCUUUAAGCCAUCUGAUUGGCUAUGUAACUCUAGGUAACAUGUUUGUUUUUUAAAUGAAUGUACUAUAGUUACCACUUCUUGAGCAGCCAGAAGUUGUUUCAGUACAAACUUUUAUUUCCUUUGUUUUGUCUUGUUUUUCUCCACACUGUCAUAUCACUACUGUUUAGCUUCUGACAAACACUCAUCUGGCACACACAUUCAUAUUCACACACUACAUGUCAAAAAGGUGUGAGGCACACAUUUCAACAUUUAAUCAGUGACAUUAUUAUGAUUAUUCUCAAACAGUAUUGCCCUUACUGUUCAUUACAUUCCAUAAGUUAUCUUUGUAUUUGUUAAACAACUAAUUUCAAAACAUUCUGAUACUUUGCAUAAUAAAAGGAGGUGGGUUCAAAUGAA